AUGUUAACGCAAGAUGUUCCAGCUGGUGAUGAAGACAUACCCGUCCUUGCCAUAGUUGGAUUAGGAGGUCUGAGGAAAACUGCUCUUGCCAAACUGGUUUUCAAUGAUAUAAGUGUGCAUAAUCACUUUGAGUUUAAACUCUGGGUGUUCGUUUCCGAAGAUUUUGAUGUUCAACAAGUAGUGCUCAAAGUCCUUAAAGCCAUUAAAGCCGAAAAGGGUGGUGAUGGAGACCUUGGAAGCAUGAAUUUUCAACAAUUACGGGCGGCCUUGCGAGAGUGCUUGAAUGGUAAAAGGUAUUUGCUUAUUUUAGAUGAUGUCUUGAAUGAUGAUAACAAGAAGUGGGUUGAACUGAAACAGUUAUUACCCGGAGAAGCUACCGGAAGCAGAAUUCUUGUUACCACUCGAAGCAAUAAAGUAGCAAAGAUCACAGGUACAGUCUCCCCUCACAAAUUGAAAGCUCUUCCUUCCUACGAAUCUUUAUCUUUGUUUCUCAAGUUUGCUUUCAAGAAAGGGGAAGAGAAACGACAUCCAAACCUUGUGGAAAUUGGGGAGCAAAUUGUCGAGAAAUGCAAAGGGGUUCCACUGCUACUGAAGACCUUGGGGAGUAUGCUUUUCUCCAAAACAUCAGAGCGGGAGUGGGAACUUGUGAAGAAUAGUGAGACUUGGAAAUUAAUGGAGAAAGAUGACGAAAUAGUUUAUGUUCUGAAACUAAGUUAUGAUCAACUGUCUCCUCGGUUGAAGCAAUGUUUUGCUUAUUGCUCACUCUUUCCCAAAGACUAUGAAUUUAUUGAGUUUGGUUUAAUCUCGUUUUGGAUGGCUCAAGGUCUGCUUGAAUCAUCGUAUGAAAAUGAAAAUCCCUUUGAUAUUGGAAGGCAGUAUUUGAACGACCUGUUGGCACGAUCUCUUUUGGAAGAUUUUAAUGUGGCAUUUCUUUAUGGUGUAUUCAAAAUGCAUGAUCUUUUACAUGAUCUGACGUUAUUGGUAGCAAAGAACGACUGUUGUUUGGUGAACUCUUUCAAGCAAAAGAUUGCCCCAAGUGUUCGGCAUGUGUGCCUUAUAGACUCCGAUUCCUCUGACGAAAGUGCUUCCGAUUUCCUUGGUAAAUUAGGACAUGUGCGUACACUUAGGUUUCCCAAUAUGAGAAAGAGAGUAACCAGCAAAUUCUUGGAUGAAAAUUGCCUCGAGAGAUUUCAAAGUUUGCGGGUGCUUGAUCUUUUUGGGUCUACUUUCGAUGUGUUGCCCAAAUGGAUUGGUAACUUGAAGCUUUUAAGGUAUCUCAACCUUUGUGACUCUCUCCACAUCAAGAAACUCCCCAACUCCAUUUGUGAGUUGCAGAAUUUGCUCAGUCUGGGUUUUGCUGGAUGUGAUCAAAUUGAAGAGCUACCAAAGGAUAUGAGGAAGAUGACCAGUCUCAUAUUUUUAUCAUUAACUACAAAGCAACGUGAUCUUAGUGGCCAUGGAUUAGAACACUUGAAAUCUCUUCAAUUCUUGAUCAUAUGGGGCUGUGAUAAUCUAGAAUAUUUAUUUGAAGGGAUUCAAAACCUCACAUCUCUCCAUACAUUGGGUGUUGCCAGUUGCAAGAACUUGGUAUCACUCCCACAUGGUUUGAAUAAUCUUACUGCAUUGCAAACUCUAGUUAUUGGGAUUUGUGAGAAGCUUGUUUUGAGUGAGCCACAUAGAUUCAAAGAGAAGGAAGGCAAUGAUUAUCAAGGUUUCAGCCACAAUCAUUGGAAACUACAAAUUUGCCAAAGAUUGAGACUCUACCCCAUUGGCUUCUACGGCGAUCUGCCAACACUUUAA